UUCAAGGACGAGGCCUACGAGCGGAGCUCCUACUGCAUCGGCGGCGCGCCCGAGGCCGUCGCCGAGAGCGUCGUCGCUCUGACGCGCGACGCGCUCGCGCGCGUCGACUUCCGCGACUUCCGGGGCAGCCACCCGACGCUGGGCGUCAUGGACCACGUCGCCGUGAACUCGCUCGACGCGGCGACGAUCGGCGUCGCGGCGGACGCCGCGCGGACCAUCGCGCGCCGCCUCGGCGACGAGGCGCGACUGCCGACGCUGUUCUACGGCGCCGCGCGGCCCGACGGCCGCACGCUCGCGGCGACGCGGCGGCUGACGCCCUACUUCGAGACGACGGACCCGGCGGCCGUCGUCCGAAUCGCCGCGCCCUUCGACGCCGGGCCGGCGACGGUCGACCCCGCCGUCGGCGUCGCGACGAUCGGCGCCGUCGCGCACGUGCUCAACUUCAACGUCGUCCUCGCGACGGGCGACGCGGCCGUGGCGAAGCGCAUCUCGAGCGCCGUGCGCACGCGCGGCGGCGGGCCCGACGCGCUCCCGCACGUCGAGGCCCUCGCGCUCGCGCACGACGGGCAGUACGAGGUCGCCUGCAACCUCACGGACGUCGAGGUCACGCCGCCGGCGGCCGUCCUCGAGCGCAUCUCCCGCGCGGCCGCGGCCGCGGGCGUCGCCGUGGACCGCAGCUACCACAUCGGCCUCACGCGCGCGGAGAUCGCCGCGAAG